ACGACCACAACACUACUACCAAUGGGCGGUUUUCUAUGGUUCAUCGCUGGCGCAGCUGCGGCCACCAUCUACUGCAAUGGUCGCAUACAAGCAGGGUACUAUGCCGCCAACCCGAAUGGAUACUACGAACGAGGGUGGACGCGUCAGAGCGCACCUCUUGACUCUGAUGAAAGGGUGCCGGAGGACAAUGAGAGGGAACGACGGUAUGCGUAUGGAGCUGGAGUAAGGCUAGAGGGCCAGCAACGGUUCGGAUUGGAGCUACCUCAACAGCCCCGAGAGAGAAUGGAAGCUCCGACACCACCACCGCCCCCACCUCAGCAGGAGGAACAAGCUUCGCUUGACCAUAUCAGAGAGCUCAGUAAACAAGCAGAUGAGACUAUGUCUGACUUGUCUGAAGUUACACUCGAUUCUCUCAUGGCGACUAUAAUUGCGGCCAAGAACAAACUUGCAGAACGUCGCGCGCAGCGGGAACAGGAGGAGAGGCGGGCGUCGGAAGCGAACAAGUUCCCCCUUCGCUACGUCUGAGUUUCCUCGUUGACAAUGAGAGUGGAUGACACGGGCUGGACUCUGACCUGUGGUACGACGCAUGACACAAGACUACCUCGAAGGCGUAACGACAGAACCCGAAAAUGCUUUGCGCAUUGGUGUCACUGCCAUCCCUGCACUACGCUUCAAGUCCUGAUUUCCAACUCAUAUCCUCUAUUCACAGUGAAAACACGCUGCGGCCGUGAAAGGUUUUACCCAUCCUUCUCAUCGUACCAAGUUCUUAAGGUCCAUUGCAGGAUUUCGAGAGAUGGGCAUAUCCGGGGAAAUUGCUUUCAAAAAUGAUUAUUACAUGUGGGUAUACUCUGCUCCAUCCGUUCGAUCAGCAGGUGCUUAGAGUGCAUUUAUGUAGAGGGACUCCAGGGCGAAGUAAUUCUACUGAAGAUGCUCUCGCUGUCAAACGUCAUGUAGCAUUUCAAAUAGGCGUCUUUUCCGACCCAAUAUACACUGGCCUGAGAUCUUAACCGAC